AUGCGGGGCAGGUUCAUGUUUCCGAGAGGUGGCGUUCCUCCGCUUGUCAACUACGGGGAGGAGGAUGUCGUUCUCUUUGCCGCCUCCCACACUGACGGUCACAUUCCGCGUCCGCUUGAAUUCCUCUCCUACUGUGUCAACUUUCAAACCAUUUUGGUGGGCCCUCCGCUCUCCUACAAGGACUACCUCAUCUACAUCGAGGACAGGCAGGCAGAUUAUCUGAAAACCGACGCCCAGAAAACCUACUUUCUUAAUUUCCUUCCUCCCCCCGUGUUGUUCGGUCGGGUGAUUUGUAUGGCACAUUUCGGCCGCUGUAGAAUGCGCAUCGCGUGUAAUAGGGAGUGGUUAGUGGGCGUGGUGGAGGAUUGUAGCAUGUUCAUGCGCUACUUCAUGGUCGGAAGAGCUGUCGUGAGUUAUGCCUAG